UUGGCUACGACUGAACGAGGGUGGGAGGUGGCGCGAGAGCGAGGUGUGCGUGCAUGACAUAAACGUUGGAGGGUCCUGAGGGGAUGGUUCAAACCCCAAAAAGUAGUUGAGCAAGGGAGACCAACAUCCAACACUGAACCACCACCUCCUGGCUGUCAGCCGUGAGUAACAAAGACCAGAGUAGUGCAGCUGUAAGAGGGGGUUUGGCAACGCAAGCUGUGCAGGAAUAUUGCACUAGACAUUAUAGCCUACUUUUCUCAAAUUGCAUGCGCUAGUAUGUCUUCUUCGGUUGUAAGAGAAUCUUAAUUUGAUUGUCUUGGUGCUAAAGCUCUGAUAAGGAAGUCAUGAACAGGGAAAAGGUUCAGGUGGGAGACGUCUCAGUUGCUGCUCCGCCGGCGUCCGGUGUGACUGCCCAAACAGCUGUGAUCGUCGUGGCCGCUCCGGAAAGCAUGGACAAUCACGGCGAGAAGCGGCUCUCUGCCAACGCACUGUCGGUGUUUUCCUGCCCGGGGGGUAGAGACAUACUGCAAGCGGACAGUCGAAACAACUCUCCACGUCAAGAGCCGGCUCCGGUAGCAAUGCCAAUGCUUCACCGGACCACUUCAUUUUCGGUUUUGGACAUUUUGGACCCAAAUAAAUUUACGAGCAAAAAGCCAAAUCCUAACCGGACAGGCAGCGAAUUCGCCUUCGGGACAGAGAACCGUGGAGGUGAUGACUCGAAUCAUGAUGUAGAGCAGAAGUCUUAUGCAGAUGACUAUGACACAUGUCAAAAAUCUACAGGACUAAAGGAGGGGUUCAUGUGUGCCUACAGAUCCGAAGAAUGCGAGAAUGAUUUCAAAAGAGGCUCCCACUCUGACAGCGAGAUGCAGGAUGACGUGUGUAGUGAGGAGAGCAGCAGCGCACUAACUGGAAACGCGGAGGGGGAACUGGGACACCAUGAUGACGACGACCAGGCGAGCAAGAGCCCAAGAAGUCCUGGUGGACAGCAAACUCAACAGUCAGGGUCGAAUGGACAAAGUAAUCAAGGAAAGCCGAAGAGAAAGCGCUCUGGCUCCGAUUCAAAGUCGGGUAAGCCCCGAAGGGCCCGGACAGCAUUCACUUACGAACAACUUGUUGCACUGGAGAACAAAUUCAAGUCCACCCGAUACCUCUCUGUGUGUGAGAGGCUCAAUUUGGCACUGUCACUCAGUUUGACUGAAACUCAAGUCAAAAUCUGGUUCCAGAACCGACGGACCAAGUGGAAGAAACAAAACCCUGGCGCAGAUACCAGCGCCCCGACGGGCGGUGGCCAGAACGGCCAGAGCAAUGGACUAGGGAGCCUGAGUCCACUCAGCUCGUCUCCUCCCAUGAGCCAUCUGUCAAUGCACACAGGCUACCCAGGUCACGGACCAGGCGGGCUAGUCUGCACCACCCAAUUACCCUUUCUGCCAAGUCAUGCGGUACUGUCACCUUUCAUGUUAGGAUCUCAGACUUACGGAGCGCCUGCGUUUUACACUUCUCACCUGUAAAGAUAUGGAGAUACGUAUAGAGUUUUGCGCCCAAACAUCAUGUUUUCGCAGGCGUCUAAAAUUCACCGAUAUUAUCAAAAUAAUUGACUCCAAUGAGAUAUGAAUUUAAUAACCAUAUUAAACGUAUGGUUUUAGAGAACUAAAGACAUGCCCUUAACUAAAGACUUCUUAAAUGCACUUGAUGCUGUAGAUGGGAAGAACUCUGAACAUUUCAUGUUGUUGUUUCGUCAAGGACAAGUGCUCGAAGAAAAUCAACCUUUACCAAGGAAAGAAGAUUUUGAUGUAUUUGACUUUUGAUUUCAUUUUGAUAGUAUGUGAAUACUCGGGGUCAAAAUGUACAUACAGAUGUUGACAAAUAUAUGUCUAGCUUUUAAUUUCGAAUGCAGUUCAUACAUAUUAGAGUUGAAAAAAAUAGGCCUACAUGAUGUAUAUAAAUAUCGUUCAUUUACAUCUGGAAUGGCUUGACAUAUUGUAAUUACUGUGUAACUAAACUGUGAAAGUUUAAUAUGAUUAUUUUCAUAAGUUUUCCCUAUUCAUUUAUUAUAUAGGCCUAUAGUUAAUCUACCUGAGAAUAUUUGGCUCCAAUGAAUGCUCAUUUCAUCUGGACUCGUCUUUUAUAGUAUAAGACAAAGUAAAAUAAAACAAUAGGCUAUCAUUUACUAACGAAUAAGCUACUUUAAUACGAAUAUUAAAUAGAUUAAAUCUUUCUUAGUCGAUUUUUUUCUCUCUCCCCUUUCCACCAAAUUAAAGGACAUUUUGGAACUGAAGACAGUAUCUUUUCACCUUUUUUAAAUUAAAUGGUUAAUUCCACUUAUAUUUUUUGGGGACAACCGAUGUUAUUAGGACCUUAGUUGCAUUUUCGUCGGGGAAAAAAACUCAAACUUUAUCUAUAACACUCUUGCGCGGAAAAAAUAUGAGUUUUUGAAAAAUACAUAGCCCAUAGGCCUAUUGAUAAAUCAGCCAUGGCUAAUAUCUGUAGCAUAACUUUUAUUCAUUGAAUUAAAUUACCUAUAAAUUGUGGGUUAUUGGCUAUUGUACCCGUUGCAUAUGCCUAUGGUGUUUAGGUCUACAAUUUUAUUCAGCAUGUCUCUACUUCGAUUUAUUGAUUUAUUUAUAAGAAAUUUGACAACGGCUCCCUGACUCAAUUAUUGAUGAGGAAAAACAAUCACUGGUAAUUUAAACGCAAACUUGUUUCACAACAUUAUAGGCUAGACUGUCUUCUCGGACAUACGCUUUCUAAGAAGGGUUUUGACUUUAAAACAUUGUGUAAGAACAUCAUGCCGAAUUCCCGAUAACCUAAUGUGCUUGCGCGUAAAACACAAUUUAGGCUAUGGAAUAUUUGAACGAAUUAAUUAUUAGAUGCCUAACAAAAUACAAUGUAUUUCAGCAACUUUUUCAAAUGUUUUUGCCGUCUGGGAUAAGGAGGUGCAUUUGAAUAGGCCUAGGGCUACUUUAAAAGUGCAAAAACUAUCCAGUCAAUCAAAUUGUAUUUGUCACAUCCGCCGAAUACAACAGGUGCAGUAGACCUUACGGUGAACUGCUUACUUACAAGCCCUUGUUUUGAAAUGCAUGACUCAAGCAGACACUCGCUCCGUCAUAAAAAAAUAUGACAUUCCAGCCGCAAUGGCGCAACUUUUGCGCUAUGGAUGCAAGUUAGGUCUAUUCUACAAUUUUUGAAAGUAUAGUUUUGUCGAAUUUGUGAGGACGAAAGUGACAUGGAUACAGCAUUUAUUUAUAUUAUUUUAGACUGGAUGACUACUUCGCUUCAAAUAGGAAUAGUCUGUCCUCUGUCCUUAACCAGCUCUCCAAAAUGGUGAUGAAAUGGCACGUCAGCCAUGAUGGAACGCGAUCCUGGAAUCGUUCUAGAAUUUCACAUGCAGGUAUGGCCAAACGCAAAAGCAUGAAACGACUUAGCCUAAUAUAGCCUUUGUAGAAAGUCUAAACAAAUGUACAGAUUGCGGAAUUAUUUAGUGCAUGGGGUGCAUUGAAAUUGGGACGCACAUACCCGACCGUUGCAGAAAGUAGCAUAGCCAAAUGAAGGCUAUUUCUUGAUAUCUGCCAGCUGUUUUCAUUAAGUCCGAGUCUUGAAGCAUUAUGUUGGACAAAAUGUCAUUUUUAAAAGGUUAAUUAUGUAAAUAUUAUAUUCGACAUGUUUUGCAGUCAAAUAAUUUGUAUUUCCCAUUGCAGUGGACAGCGCACUGCGCGACAUUUGUGCAGAAAAAAAUAAUCUUACUUUCGUUUGAAUUGUUUCAUAGGCAAGUGUAAUUAUCAUCUAAAUAAUAUUAACGAGAGGAUAGAUAUCAGUUAUUUAAUUUAAUAAUAUGACAAUUAGCAUUGAUAUAUUAGCGAACGUAGACAUACGCUAAACAAAACAUCUAAAAGAGUAAAACAAUAUCUAUGAAUUUGUAGGUUAUUAUUAUGAUUUUUUUACCAGGAAAUUCUUGUUUUUAAAUGCAUGACUCAAGCAGACACUUGCUCGGUCAUUAAAAAUAUGACAUUCCAAACGCAUGUUGAAUCCCUGGGCAACUUUCCAGUGAUGUGAGCUAGAAGGUGAUUCUUAUUUUUAAACAUUUUUAUAAAGUAGAUUUUCAGAUGUUAUGUAAACAAUAAUGCAAGCAAAUUUGGCGGACAUGCCCAAAUAGAAACAAAGGCGCAA